AUGAAGUUCUUCCUCACCAUUGUCUCCCUCGCCGCCGGCCUCGUCGCCGCCCAAUCCCUUGACGAAAUCCCCGAGUGCGCCCAGCCAUGCAUCACCGACGCCGUCACCUCCGCCACCACCUGCUCUCUAGACGACUACAAGUGCUGGUGCACGACAGACAAUGAGUCGGCCAUCGUACAAGCCGGGACGGCGUGCGUGUUGGCGGCAUGUGGGAGUGAUGUUGCUGUUAACGACGUCCUCCCGGCAGUUCAGCAGUUCUGCGAGGAGGUUAACGCUUCCUAA